GAGAAAGCAUAGAAGCAGAAAAGAAAAAUGCAACACCUGAAAUCAAACCAGCAGAUUUUUUUUUUUUUUGGUGUAACAAACCAGCAGAAUUGCCCACAGGAACAAGAAGACAGAGACUUUGGAAUCAUGGAUCCUCGCGUGACGUUUAUAAAAUGCGAGGAAAACUCAUGGGUUGGUCGCUUGAAUCCUGGAAAUGGCGGCAACGAGGACGAUGAUGAGAUACGGAGGAAGAAGGUGGUUCGCGUCGAGCUCAAGCAGAGUCCUCUGGUGGUGGGACCAUGUGGGCCCCGCUUCCAAGGACCCCAUAACCGGCGCUACCGAGGCUUUCCUCGCCGACCCUUCUCCGGCCAAGAUCAAUCUCGGCGUGGGAGCUUACAGAGAUGAUGAGGGGAAACCGGUUGUGCUUCAAUGCGUACGCGAAGCAGAGGCAAAAGUUGCUGGUAGCGACUACUUUGAAUUGGUUUCUAGUGGCUUAGGCUCAAAAAUGGUGGAGGAGAGUGUGAAAUUGGUAUAUGGAGAAGACUCAUCUGCCUUUAGAGAACAGAGAUUUGCUGGAAUUCAAGCUCUCUCUGGGACUGGAGCUUGUCGCCUCUUUGCUGAAUUACAGAGGCGUUUCUAUCCUGACUCAGAGGUUUAUCUGCCCGAUUUGACUUGGUCAAAUCACCACAAUAUUUGGAGGGAUGCGGGAGUCUCACGGAGAACCUUCCGCUACUAUGAUCCUGAGACAAAAGGCUUGAACUUUUCAGCACUGUUAGAUGAUAUUAAGAAGCACCGAGUGGUUCAUUUUUCUUGCUUCAUCCUUGUGCUCACAACCCGACGGGCGUUGACCCAACCGGGGAGCAAUGGAGAGAGAUCUCCUCUAUGUUCAAGGUAAAGAGACAUUUCCCUUUCUUUGACAUGGCUUAUCAAGGCUUUGCCAGUGGUUGUCUGGUUAAAGAUGCUCUGUCUGUACGAAUCUUCCUGGAAGAUGGUGAUAACGCAAAUCUAGGUGUAUAAAUAAGCUCAAAUAAUAAAAACCUAGAUACAGCGAAUA